AUGUCCAACAUGGACCCAAGCGAGCUCCGAUUCUUCGUUUACGGAAAGCUGGCAGCCGAUGCAAGUCGCCCUCCCGCUGUACUCGCAGACCAGGCAAUACGUAACCGCGACAACAUGUUCGACGAAGCGUCCGAGGGUGCCAUCUACACCGAACUCGUCAACAACCUCGCCACCAUCCAAAAGCGUCUCCAAGCCCUCAACGUCAACGACAGGAUCUCCGCGCUGGAGCCCGCCGUGUCGGAGAUGCUCGCGCGCAUGAUAUACGGUUCAAACAGGGUAGCCAAGGUAGGGGGCGGCUGGGAGGCAACUCUCGACCUCUGCCGGCCCAUAUUCCGGUCCAAAAAGUCCGCUCUAGACGUGUACAGAGAAGAGCUCGAGUAUGAGGCGCUUGCCGACCCUCGCCGGCAGCCGAUCAGCACAAUCGUCACGCCGCCAGAGAUCCGCAAGGACCAUGAGAUCAUCCAGCACGCCAAGGCGGCCAAGUACAUGCUGACGGAGCUACAUCUCCACGGCCAUGGGCUGUCAGAAGAGAUUCUGCUCAACACUCAUCGAAUCCUGACGCACAAUAUCGACUCUGCUGACGGCGUGCCGCCGACGAAAUACGGGGGCAUCUACUGCAAGAGCUCUUCAGCUUCACCGGACGCCUCACAGCAACACGAGCCUACCUCGAUAUCCCGUUCCGUGCAAGACAUGAUUCAGUCUCUAAACAGAGACCUCGCCACCGUCGAGAAAGGCCAAUUGCUGAGCCCAAUUGCAUUCGCCGCCAAGUAUUGCCAAAUCUUCUGCGAAAUCAGGCCAUUCUACGAGGGCAAUGGACGUAUGGGAAGGCUCCUGCUCAACGCCAUGCUUCUCAAGACCGUGGGCGCCGUGGCUUGCGUUGGCAGCGACGCCCAGAGCCAAAGCUUUCCAAGAAGCAUCAUUAAAUCGACUUGUGACAGUCCAAAUCCCGGACAGGUUGACCCUAGGAAUGGCAAUGCCAUCUCGCUGGUACAUGGUCUGGAGGCACUAUCAAGCACGAUUCUGAAGAGUCUUGUAGACACCACGGGACGUCUUGCCAAAUCACUGCGCACACAAACCUCAAGCGGGUAUAAGCCAUUUUCAAACUGUUUGGCUGGUAAAUAG